AAUUAAUUGAAAAGAUAAAAUAAAGCAUAAUGAGUAUAGAGGAAAUCAAAAGAUAAGUGGAGUAUUAUUUGUCAGAUAAAAAUCUAUCUUAAGAUGAAUUCUUUCAUAAAUAGAUAAGUUAGAGUGAAGAAGGUUAUUUAUAGCUUUAAUUUAUACUUAAAUGCAAUAAGGUUAAGUAAAUGAAAAUAACUUAAGAAUAAUUAGUGGAGGCAAUAAAAACUUCAACUGAGGUUGAAUUAAGCCCAGAUUAAACAAGUAUUAAAGGAUAUUUAAUAAAUUAGGUGUUAGAAGAUUAAACAAGAAACCUUUACCAGAAUUAAUUAUUACUCAAACAAAUAAAAAAGUGAAAACAAAUACUGGUGAUGCAGUUGUUGUUCAAUAAUAAUAGGAAGAAAAAGCUGAAGAAGAAGUUAUUGACAAUCCAUAUCAUAAUUUUGAACCCCUUAUUUUUACUGUAAAGGCUCCAGCAGGAGUUGCAGUUAAUUGGACUUAAAUUACAGAGGCUUUAAUGAAAUAACAUAAUAUCAGUUCUCCAUAUGUUAGAUAUGGUAAAACUGAAGGCAAUUUUGCUUUAUCUAAACCUAGAACUCCAGAAGAAAAUAUUAUUCGUUUGACUUCAGAGGGUAUCAAGAUUGGAGAACAUCAAUUAGAAAUCAGAGUAACAAAUGGAGAAGAUUUAACAUAAUUCUGGGCUCAUCAUGGAAAACAUUAUGAAACUAUUAUUAAGAGAGCUAAAGAAACAUUUGCUCAUGGAGGCGCUGGUAAAGGAGGAAAUAAAAAAUAUGAAUAAAGAAAAUAAAAAAAAGAUAUUGUUUUCCAUAAUUAAAAAGUAAUAAAUUUAUUUAUUUAUUUAGUAUAGAGAUAUUUCUUAAUUGAAGAAUAUUUUUAAAACUAUUUUAGCUAGAUCCGAAAAUAAUACUCCUUUAAAAGAACCAUAUCAUUCAAUGCUUGUAUCCUUAUUACAAUAUCAUGAUAAAAAAGACUAAAAAUUAAAUGGAUUAAAACAUUUUACUGUUGGAUAACAUCCAGAUCAUGCAGAAACUAGGUGUUUCUUUGCUGUCAAAGAAGAUGGAUCAUCUGAAGAUUUCAGCAGUCUAAAAUGCAUCAAAAAUUUAGAAACAUCUCUAGGUUUAUGAGUAGCAUUAAAAAAUUAUACAUA